AUGGCUUUCCGGGCAUCGAUCCGUUCCGUCGCACAGCUUGGCCGCCCAGCUGUUGCCCGCAGCUUCCACUCGACGCGCCCCGCAUUUGUUCAGGUCGGCGAGGCGAUUCCCAAUCUCGAGGUUCUCCACGAGACCUCACCGGGAAACAAGGUCAAUCUGGCUGAGGAGUUCAAGGGGAGCGAUGGGUACAUCGUCGGUGUUCCUGCUGCCUUCUCUGGCACCUGCUCCAGCCAGCACAUUCCAUCCUUCAUCAACUCUCCCAAGCUCAAGGAUGCGGGGAAGGUGUUCGUUGUUUCAGUGAACGAUAGCUUCGUUAUGAAGGCUUGGGCCGAUCAAUUGGACCCAACUCAGGCAUCUGGUAUUCGUUUCCUGGGUGAUCCUUCUGCGGCCUUCACUGAGGCGCUCGACCUUGGUUUCGAUGGCACUGCUAUCUUUGGAGGUGUUCGAAGCAAGAGAUACGCUCUCAAGGUGGUGGAUGGUAAGGUUGCCGAAGCUCAUGUCGAGCCUGAUGGUACUGGCUACCAGGUUUCCUCGGCUGAGAAGGUUUUGUAA